GGACAAAGAUUGGAGGCAGAACCCCCUGAAGUUGGCUUUGGCUCUUCCGCGCCCUGGGGGAAACGCGGUGGAGUGGGCGGCUUUGUGGCGGCAGGGGUUCCACCGCCAGUGGCGCGGAGGCGGGCGGGGCUGGGGGCCAGUCGCCCCCUGCACUUGGCCCGGCGCGCGCCGAGCAUGGGCAGCCCGGCGCGGUCCGGCUUCCCCGCGCGCAUGAACAGCCGCCUGGACGCGUUCCUGCGGAGGCGUCUGGCGCCCGAGGUCUACGACGCCAUCCGCGCCUACGAGCCGUGUGUUGUGGUGUCCGACUCGGAGAACCACACUUUCAAGUACGUGGUGCUCAGCGACCGUCUCAUCUACCUGACCGAGAACCCGCCCAAGUCCAUUCGGCGAGCCGUGGCGCUGCGGGACGUGGUGGCCAUUGAGCUGAUUGAUGAUUACCCAGAAUUUUUGAAUUCACCUGAUAGAGAAGUCAACCAACAUAUUCGUAUCAUCUAUUCUUCAACUGUUAAAAAAGAAUGUGAAAAGUCAAAAGGUCUUGGGAAAUUCCUGUUUCCAUUUCAUCAUGCCAAUGCUAACAAUAAAAAAGUUAAGGAAGAGAAUAAUGGCCCUGUCUUUUGGAAAAGCAAAGAGCCUAGAAGUCCGAAUGAAUCCUCUCUCAGGUACUGCCUGGAGAGCAGCGCACCGACCAAGGACUCAACUCUCUGUCCUUCCCCAAACUUCAAGAAGCUGUCCCUCCAUGGCCAAGGUGCCUUUCAACCUUUGCCUUCUCCCUCCAGGAGGAGCUGUCAGUCCACACCAGCUACUGGCAAGGCCAUCAGCAAGACUUCUUGCACCACAAACACAAAAAAACCCCAAGACUUUGCAGCUCACAAAGAUUCUCUAUGUGAAGUCCCUUUCAAGUGCAAUGGGAACAAAAAUGAGUUUUAUUUAGAAAAUUCCCUCCUAACAUCCCCUUUACAGAGCAGCACAAACCUGGAGAAAAAGGAGUUGGAACUUCAUUUGUACAUUAUUUCUACCACCUCAUCUAUCUUUCUCCACUUAAAAAGUUCAUGGAACAAUUAUAUUAUUAAAGCUACUCUUUUACAAGAUCCCAUAUACGCUAGUGAGCUCAUUCCUGCUAUUGGAAGUCAGAAGCCAUAUAGAUCUGAGGAGAAAAUUAAGCACUUCAGUCAACUUAAAUCUGAACUUUUUCUUAAAGACAAUACUCUGAGCAAGAUACUUUGUUUAAUUAUGGAGCUUAAAGCAGCAGCCCGGAAAAACUUCAUCCUGAAAAAGCUCUUCUGGAAAACCAGUGACCUUUUCUAUUUCCUAGUGAACAAACUUCAUGAAUAUUUGCCAGAGUCUAGGGAUAAGAAUGCACGCCAAAAUAAAAGCCAAAGGGCUGAUGAGCUGGUGGUAUGCAUUGAAAUUCUGCAGACCCUAGGACUGAUGUUCAGAGAAACAGAAACUGAAUCAUCACGUCUGAACACACUGGCAGCUAAGAAGGGAACACUAUCUAAUCUCUUGGAAAUUUUGAUUAGCAAGCCUCAGAUUCCAAAAUCUUGUCCUGUGUUUGAUAUCCAGUUGGCUGAUGCGACUUUAGUUGAAAUGCCUUUUGAUGCUGAGUUACAGAAGCUUAUCCUGGAAUAUACAGAUACAGCUACAGCACUUUUAUAUGAGAUACUUCUUGUCUUUCAACAGGGGAAUCUUGGAUUGGGAUCCACAAAGUUUGCCAUUAGCUGGAUGAUGUCCUUUCUACAAAACUGUCCUCCCAUAGUUACUUUUGUGGCCAGUAUUGUGAAACAAGUGGUGAAGGGGCUUUCAGCUUCAUUGCAGCUGCUAAGUCCAUGCCAAGCAGUUCUGUUGUACCAGCAGUUUUAUAUCCUCAAGAGCUGCCUGCAGUACAGCAAGACCCUAGCUGAGUAUAUUAGGAAUGACUACAGAGAAGAAUUCAGGUACUUUAUUCACAUGCCAGCCUUGAAAAAAAGACUCCCGUUGUGUUACCCUAUUACCCAACCUACCACUCAACUUUUUCAUGAAGUUCUGCAAUUGAUUGAACAGAAACAAUGUGUAAAAUAUUAGUAAGAGUGUAAAAUGCCAACAAGGAAUCAGCUUUAAAAUUUAUGAGAACCAUUUUUGAUUUAUUUAACAUCUGGCUAUCUGUGUACCUUGUCAAUGAAGUUUUUGAAUGUUACAUCAACACUUCUCUAAGAGAAGUCUUCAAAUUUUUGAUCUGCUAUCCCUCAAAAAAACCUAUUAAAUCCCUUCUGACAUACAUAAGGUGGUGCUAAAAUCUAGUGUUUCUUCAGAGAAAAAAAAAGUUUUCUAAGACACAAAACCUGAAAAGGAAGUGGGAGCUCAUGGAGAACAAAUGCAAUGUAAUAGGAUGGGCUUUGUUGGUGUGAUAAUGUUGAGUGAUGUGAAGCCAUGGAAACAUCCAGAGAAACUGCAGGUGUACACACCUCAAAGUGAAUAUUAGAGGGGCCGGCGCUGUGGCAUAGUGGGUAAAGCUGCUGCCUGCAGUGCCAGCAUCCCGUAUGGGUGCUGGUUUGAGUCCCAGCUGCUCCACUUCCUAUCCAGCUCUCUGCUAUGGCCUGGGAAAGCAGUAGAGGAUGACGCAAGUCCUUGGGUCCCUUUAUCCGUGUGGAAGACCCAGAAGAAGCUCCUGGCUCCUGAUCAGCGCAGCUCUGGCCAUCGUGACCAUCUGGGGAGUGAACCAGUGGAUGGAAGACCUCCCUCUCUCUCUGCCUCUGCCUCUCUGUAACUCUUUCAAUAAAUAAAUCUUUACAAAAAAGUGAACAUUAGAGAAGUGCUGAGCAACAGGUUGACACCUGCCUUCUCCACCUAUGAAAAUCCUAGUGCGGAAGUAUUCAUGGAAUAAUGGGCAGUGGAACACAGGCAUAACUGCACAGAAUGUCAGUUCCUUACGUAUCACGGGGAAAGAAGCUUGGACUCUUCUAAUAAAAUGCAGUGCAUCCUACUACUCUGUUAAAGGCACCUGUGGACUAAUCUGAGCAGUUCCAUAGAGAUUCGUGGAAAAGUAUCUUGGAAGUGACCCAUGAGCAGAUACAACUCUCCAUUUAAAAAAUGUCUUCAAUCUCCUAUCUUACAGCAGUAAGCCAAAGUAUUUAACAAAUACUUAACUUUAUCACACUGAGCUAAUAUUUUGGACUUGUAAGAACCUAGGAUCUGGGAUUUCUGUUACAUUGAUCAUGACGAGCAAAUAUCAGAGAAAAAUCUACCUCCAAAGAAAGAUCUCCCAAGCCAGAUUUGUCUGUGGUAUCGUGAAGAGAAUGCUCAGGACAUUUUAUUUCUGGUCCUAAGUAAGUCAAAUCAGCAGUUGUUUGACUUGAAGCCCAGGUCCCCUUUCCAGCCCAAUUCUGCUUCUUGCUGGGCUUCCUCUGUCAGGUGGCAGGGUGGGACUACAUGUUCUCUAAGUUCUCUUCCAGCUGUAACUUUCUCUACCUGUACAAUGUGCUACUUAACACUUGGAAAUGGGAGAGAGUGUUCCUCGGCUAUCCUGGCUCAGUAGAUGAUUUCACACUGAUUGCAAAUAACCUGCUUUCUUUGGACCCAAACCAUUUCUUUCAGCCCUCACCAGCUUCACCCAACAGAGUCUCUAAACCUUCUCCAACCUCAAUACAGAGUCCAAGCCUUCUACCCUCCACUUUGGGGACAGAGAGGAGUGCAAAACCGCCUGUUACAUGGGGGUUACUCCCAAGAGAGGGUCAGUCAGAGGAACAUGGAGAGCUUCUUGGAACAUAGGCAAACUUCACUUAAAUAGGACCCGUGAAUACUGGUGAGUGGUGGAAGCCAGAGGAUGACACUGAGGGGAUCAGCUCAGCUCUGCCUCAGUUUCUAAGCAGCACCCUGGCUCUGGGCUGGUGAGUCCAGGCACUGGCGAGUACUUGGGGUCUCUCUUUCAUGUGCUUGCGUGUCCAUAUUACUUUUCCUCUCAGCCCUGAGAUCAUAUUUUAUCUCUAGGAGUGAAAGCUCUCUCAGAAUGUACCUGCAAUCUUUCCAUAUAAGGCCCAAGUCAGAGGCUUUUCUUGAGUUAAUGGUUGAAUAUUUGCCACCUUGAUUUUCUUCAGUUUACUCUGUAUGACUCAUGUCUAUUCAUUUGCACAGUUGGGGGGUGGUGGUGAAGGAACCAGAAAUUAACAGUUUGAAGUGUUAGCCUAUCACAAUUCUUUUCUGCUAUGUGAUUUUGUGAGAAAAUAAUUAAAUAUCCCAUCUGUAUUACUGGUCAUACAUCUCUAACAUUUUAGCUAAAUAUUGACCUCAACCACAAAGUAAUUAUUCUUUAGGAAGUCUAAUUGUAGAAAAAUCUUGAAUAUGAAAUCCACAUAAAUCACUUUUUAAGGUUAUAAAGAACCUACAAAAACAAAUACACAUAGCCAGUUUUCAGGUUGAGUUGAAGAUUCUACACCCUUUACAGAAUAAACAUGACCAUUUACCAUUCCCACAUACUUCUAUAGUUAUCCAUUCUACUAUUUAAGAAAUUAUAUAUAUAUAUGCCCAUAUAAUAUAAUUUAAAAAUUAUAUAUGUACAUAUAAAAGUACACCAUGAGAUCAGCAGUUUUUGGACCAAAAUACUUGAGUUUAAAUCCCAGUUCUGUGCUAGUUUUGGAUCUUGGGAAGUAACCUCUCUAAGUAAAGGUACUGUAUAUAAUCUACAGUCUGUGGCUGCUGAGAGAUUUAAAUGAACAGUUGUUGAAAAAAUUUGCUGUGUCUGGCAUGUUGUAAGGACUCACUAAUGGUAUUUUUUUGUUAUUAUUAAAAUAAUACCAAAGGUGAUUGAAUAUUUAGACAUUAAUAAGGAUUCCUUUCCUCGCCUUACCUUUUAGAGCACUACUGGGACUAGCCACUAUACUCAAAGAGCUCCUGAUCUUUAUGGCACUGGAGAACAGAUUGAUUUGAAUAUUAAAUUGAAAAUCCAACUGUGUGUUACCACAAAUGUCAUUAAUUGACAAGUGACGGUUUCUACUGUCUACGACCAUGAAGGAUAGUUGGCUGUAAUCAGCACCAUAAAUACAAGUUCUGUGUGGGAAAUACUCUUUCCAAGGGUAAACAGAAUGUUUUUUUAGCCUUUGAUUUGAACUAUAAUUGCUAACUGCUAAUUGCUAACUAAUAGCUAUUUUAUACUUAAAGUUCCUAAUUGCUUCACAGGUAAGUGCUAGAGGAAAUAAAUGAAAAGCUUCUUAGUUUUAUUGAAAUCUAGAUAUUCUACAUAUUAUGUAAAGGGAAAGAGCCUGAAGUGCCUAUAGUUGAUAGUAUAUUUCCAUAUCUAAUCUCACUCACUGGUAAUUAAUACCAUGUGUAACUGUGCAUAGGAAUACUUGUGAGUACAUUAUCUUUUAUAAAAGAUUUUUAAAAUUUAUUUGAAAGGCAGAGUUACAGAGAGCGAGGGAGACACACACACACACAGAGAGAGAGAGAGAGAGAGAGAGGAAUCUUCCAACCACUGGUUCACUUCCCAAAUGGCCACAAUGGCCAGAGCUGAGCUGAUCUGAAGCCUGGAGCCAGGAGCUUCUUCCUGUCUCCCAUGUGGGUGCAGGGGCCCAAGGACUUGGGCCAUCCUCUGCUGCUUUCCCAAGUGUACUAGCAGGGAGCUGAAUUGGAAGUGGAGCAUCUGGAACUUGAACUGGCGCCAUAUGGGAUGCAAGCACUGCAGACUGGGCUUUAACUUGCUGCACCACAGCGCCAGCCCUGGAAAUGUCUUGAAGAGAUAAAUUUGAUGGCAAUUUAAAAAAAAAAGAUUUAUGUAUUUGAAAGGCAAAAUGACAAAGAAAGAGAAGUCCUUGUUCUGGAGGAGUCAGGAGCCAGAGCCAAGACUCAAACCCAAGUACUCCAAUGUGGGAUACAGGCAUCUCAACUGCUAGGCUAAACACUCAAUCCUGAUUGUAUUUGUUAUUAAAACUAUACAUUGUAGAUAUGUUACGGUGAUUCCAAAUUAAAUAAUUCACCACCAUUAGAUCCUAACCAAUCCAAGUGUUUUACUUGUCUAUAUGCUCUUCCAGUUCCUUGUUAUUCCUACUUUACUAAAAUCAUAAUUUUCUCUUUUGCCACUUUGAGUGGGUUUGAUGAUAUUCCACAGAAUUUUCUAGUUCCUCUAUAAUGGAAUUUUUAAAAUAUCUGUUUAGACAGUGGAGUCCAUGUCAUUCACUUUCUGGAUUGCUCCCUUUCUAGAGAGGGGCUCUGGGAAUUACACAGCAAAAAAUGAAGCUGACCACAUCAAGUAAGUGUUGAUGGUAUAUGAAGGAACUUCAAAAAGUUCAUGGAAAGGGAAAUAAAGUUUUAAAUGUGGGCAAGAUGUUGAAAUCAUUCAUAAUGUUUUCAUAAUAGUCAUUUUCCAUGAACUUUUUGAUAGUUCCUCCUAUGGUGGACAUCACCCAGACAGUUUCUUCCCUCAGCCCUGCCUUUUUCCACCUGGCCCCUAGCAGGGACUAGUGAGGCGAAGUUUUACAAAGCUGGGAAGAGGUAAGGUCUGUGGAAGAGGCAAGGUCUGUUAUACAGAUGAGCGAUUCUGGCUUCUGGAUAUGAGGACACCUGGGGUCAAAGGGUUUUCUCUCUCUCUCUAUUUUUUUUUUUCCUGUCCUCCCUUCCUUUUCUUGUUGCCUUCAACUUGGAAGGUGACCCUGGCUGUGGAGAGCUAAGAGAGAAUAUGUGUGGAGCAAGAGGAAAGGAUUUUUAAAAAUAUAUGCCCCCCAAGAUUCUGAAAGGGGAAAAAAGGACCUUUUAAAUUUCUUUCUAGCUGGUCCACUUCCUUGGAGGCCCAGGGAAAAGAGGAUGCCCACUAAUAAAGGUGUUAGAUUUUUCUCUCUUCGCUUUCUACUUCUGGUGGUGAUGAGGACACAGCAGUAGUAGUGGUAGCAAUGACUGGGUGUACAGGGUUUUGUUUGUUUUACUAGCAAGGAGGCCGAUGGUGGAGGAAAAAGAGGGUGUGGAUCAAGUGACAUAGGGCUUCCAUCAGUACCAUUUCAAGUACUAUUUAUGUGGGUUUUGGUGGCUGUUCUGCAAUAUCUGCCACUAUUUAUAUCAUUGUUUCUACAGAGAAAUUAUUGUCUUCCAUCAGCUGACAUACAGAUAAAUUUGGAAAGGUCACAUUUAUAAAGGGAGCAGACUAUUUGACAUCUAUUAACAACUAUUAUGCCCACCAGAGGGCACAGUUGGAUUAGAGAGAAAUCAAGGCAAAGCACUGAUUUUUUUUUAAUUGUAAAAGACAUGUAAUGAUUAAUAUGCUCACCUGAUCCAUUGUUGUAUACAUACAUACACACAUACAUAAAGAUUUUGUAGCAUCAGCGUGCAUACCUUAUAUCCUAACAUUUAUUUAAAAGGUAGAGGGCAGGCAUUGAGCAUAGUGGUUAAGUCAUCAGUUGGGAUGUCUGCAUCCGUCUUGGAUUGCCUGUGUUCAAGCCCUUGUUGGUGUUCUUGUCCCCAGCUUCCUGCCAGUGUGGACCCUGGGAGGCAGCUGUAAUGAUGAAUCAAGUAGCUGGGACCCUGCUGUUCACAUGGGAGACCCAGGAUGAGCUCCUGGCUCCUAGUCAGCAUGCCCCAGCUCCAUUUGUUGUUGGGGAGUGAACCAGUGCAUGGGGGAUCUGUCUGUCAGUCUGUCUGUCUCACUGCUAUUCAAAGAAAGAAAAAAGGAGUACAUUUUCUUUAAAAACCACAAGAUUUUUUUUUAUUUAGUAAAUAUAAAUGUCCAAAGUAAAGUUUAUGGAUUACAUUGGCUCCCCCCCCCCCAUAAUUUCCCUCCCACUUGCAACCCUCCCAUCUCCCGCUCCCACUCCAUUUACAUCAAGAUUCAUUUUUAAUUAUCUUUAUAUACAGAAGAUCAAUUCAGUAUAUAUUAAGUAAAGAUUUCAUCAGUUUGCACCCACAUAGAAACACAAAGUGUAAAAAUACUGUUUCAGUACUAGUUAUAGCAUUACUUCACAUUGGACAACACAUUAAGGACAGAUCCCACAUGAGAAGUAAGUACACAGUGACUCCUGUUGUUGACUUAACAAUUUGACACUCUUGUGUAUGGUGUCAGUAAUCUCCCUAGGCUCUAGUCAUGAGUUACCAAGGCUAUGGAAGCCUUUUGGGUUCACCGACUUCGAUCUUAUUCCGACAGGGUCAUAGUCAAAGUGGAAAUUCUCUCCUCCCUUCAGAGAAAGGUACCUCCUUCUUUGAUGGCCCCAUUCUUUCCACUGGGAUCUCACUCGCAGAGAUCUUUCAUUUAGGUCUUCUCCCCCCCGCCCAAGAGUGUCUUGGCUUUCCAUGCCUAAAAUACUCUCAUGGGCUCUUCAGCCAUAUCCGAAUGCCUUAAGGGCUGAUUCUGAGGCCAGAGUGCUAUUUAGGACAUCUGCCAUUCUGUGAGUCUACUUUGUAUCUGCUUCCCAUGUUGGAUCGUUCUCUCCCUUUUUGAUUCUAUCAGUUAGUAUUAGCAGACACUAGUCUUGUAAAAACCAUAAGAUUUAACAAAUUUUACAUGUACAGUGUUAUUAGCUAUAUGUACAUUUUGCACGAAAGAUCUCUAGAAUGUUUUCAUCUUGCAUGACUAAAACCCUGCACCCACUCAACAGCAACUGAUUUCUCACAUCCUGCAGUCCCUGGCUCCAAGUACUUUUUGCUUCUAUGAGUUUGUCUACUUUAGAAUCAUUGCCUUUUUUGUGACUAGCUUAUUUCACUUAGCAUAAUGUCCUCAAACUCGAUGUUACAGCAUGUGACAGGAUCUCCUUUUUAAAAAAUAAUUAAUUUGUAAAGCAGAGAGAUGAGGGAGCAUCUCAUCCACUGACUCACUCCCUAAAUGUUCACAAUGGCUGGGCCUGGGAAGGCCAAAGAUGGAAGCCAGGGACUCAAUCCAGGUCUCACACAUGGGUGUCAGGGACCCAACUCUGAGCUGUCAACUGCUACUUCCUAGGGUCUACAUUAGCAGGAAGCUGGAACAGGGAGCAGAGCCAGGACUCAAAUCUAGGCAUUCAGGUAUGUGAUGCCAGUGUCUAAAGUGGCAUCAGUAGGCCAAAUGUCCUCCUCACCUUUUUAAAAAAUUCAAUAAUAUUCCAUAAUAUGCAUGUACCACACGUUCUUUAUCCGUCUGUUGUUGGAUAUUCUGGUUCUUUCCACAUCUUGGCUAUUGUGGAUAAUGCUGCAGUGAGCAUGGGACUGCAAGCAUCUUUUCAAGAUCCUGUAUUCAAUUAUUUUGGAUAAAUACACAGAAGUGGUAUUGCUGGGCUACGUGGCAGUUCAGUUUUUGCUUUCUGAGGAAACUUUAUACUGUUCCAUAAUGGCUACACUACUUUACAUUCCCUUCAGCAGAGCACAGACUUCCAAUUUCUUCAAAUUCUCCUCAAUACUUGCUAUUUUUUGGCUUUUUUAUAAUGGCCAUCCUAACAAGUAUGAGGUGAUAUCUCAUUGUGGUUUUGAUUUGUAUCUCCUUGGUGAUUAACAGUGUUGGGCAUCUUUUCAUUGACAUUUGUAUGUCCACUUUGGAAAAAUGUCUAUUCAUAUUCUUUGUCCACUUCUAAUCAGGUUUUUGACAUUUUUGCUCUUGUAUGUGUUCCUUACAUGUAUUGGCUGUUAACCCUUUAUCAUAUGUAUAGUUUGUAAAUAUUUUCUCCCAUUUUGUAGGUUGCCUAUUCUCUUUGAUGACUGUUUCCUUUGAUAUCUCAUUUGUCAGUUUAUGCUUUUGUUGUCCAUGCUUUUGGUAUCAUAUCAGCAUUGGUUUUUUGUUUUGUUUUUGUUUUUGUUUUUGACAGGCAGAGUGGACAGUGAGAGAGAGAGACAGAGAGAAAGGUCUUCCUUUUCCCGUUGGUUCACCCUCCAAUGGCCGCCGUGGCCAGCGUGCUGCGGCUGGUACACCGCGCUGAUCCGAUGGCAGGAGCCAGGUACUUAUCCUGGUCUCCCAUGCGGGUGCAGGGCCCAAGUACUUGGGCCAUCCUCCACUGCACUCCCUGGCCACAGCAGAGAGCUGGCCAGGAAGAGGGGCAACAGGGACAGAAUCCGGUGCCCCGACUGGGACUAGAACCCGGUGUGCCGGCGCCGCAAAGCGGAGGAUUAGCCUAGUGAGCUGCGGCGCCGGCCCAGCAUUGGUUUUUAACGUUUUAAAUAUUCUUGGAAAUCUUAAAAAGUAUCAGUCAUGUUCUUAAUAUGUUCUCACAUAACUAUAGGUGUAAGAUAGCUAUGUGCUUAUAAAACCAAGACAAACUUUAACUUAAAUGUUAUAAUAAAACUAAGUUCAAAUUAGUAUAAAUAUAUUGUAUGAUGCUUUGUUGAAGCUUUAUGGAUUCUUGCAAAGUGAGAGGGAGAGACAGACAGAGAAGUCUUCCAUCCGCUGGUUCACUCCCCAAAUGGCCCCAACAGCCAGAGCUGCGCUGAUCCAAAUCAGGAGCCAAGAGCUUCUUCCCAGUCCCCCAUGUGGGUGCAGGGGCCCACUUGGGCCAUCUUCUACUGCUUUCCCAGGCCACAGCGGAGAGCGGGAUUGGAAGAGGAGCAGCUGGGACUCAAACUGGCAUCCAUCUGGGAUGCCGGCGCUGCAGACGGAGGAUUAACCUACUGCGCCAUGGCGCCGGCCCCUUGUGAUCACUUUUCACUUUUUUCUUGCAGAACCAUUACCAAGGCCAUGCUGCUUUUUGGCUUUUGCUUGAAAUUUUGUUAUGUGUGAAGUCUACUUCUGUUCUCUUUUUGGUCAGGAACAAUUAAAGUUUUCCUAUUUACAGGAAAACAUUGGAGCCAUGUAAACAAUGCAAACAUAGACACUGAAAUCAAUAGGCAUUUCAGUGAAAUAGGGGAAAAAAGCACCUAAAUUCUUCAAUAAGCCACACAGACUUACUUUUUUUUAAGGAUUUUAUUUAUUUGUUUGAAAGGCAGAAUUACA